CAUAACAACUUCCGCGUCAACUACAUUUUCACUGUUGUUGUGACUUUAGCUAGCUAUGCUUUUCAAGACAUGCUUCAGAAGACCGACGUGACACUGGAAAUGUAGCUACAUUUUGCCUUGAUAUUACAUUCGAUUGGAUUCAAAAGGACUUGGAUCACGAAAUACAUCUGGAAACGCGGAAGAUAAAGGUAAGGCAAGUAGUGGCACUGAUCUGGCUGUCAUCAUAAACUUUCGAUUUCGCCUUGCUAGCCAGUCAUAAAUUAGCUAGAGCAUAAUUAGAAAUAGACUUGCCAGCCAGCUCAAUGUGCCACUUCAAUUUCAGAACAUGUACUACAGCUACAGCUAAAGUUUACGGCUAUCUGGUGUCACGUGUCAUUUUGAGAUAACGGUAGCAAACUUCAAUGUACUUACAUUUACCAUUUAAUUUUUUUUGCCAUUUAGCAUUCGCUGUUAUUCAGACAGAACGACUUAUAUUAGAAAAGUUACCCUGGCAAGCGCUCUUACCAUUUGAGCUAAUUCCCCUUGGAGACAUUUAUGUUCACAGUAGACAGAGUAGCUAGACGGUACACCCAGAUACAUAAGAAAAUACAGUAGACCUACCUACUGCACAUCAGCAAACAAUCCCAUCCCUGAGUUUACCUACUGUCAUUCUUUAUCUCUAUUCCCCAGUUUGUGAAUGAUGAGUACCCAGUCUGUCCCUUUCGAGGAGGUGCGGAGGAGAGCUGAGUCCCUCCUGUCCUAUUCAGGCUCUGCCCAGGCAUUGAAGGCUGAUGUCCAGGUCAUGGCCAAUGUCCCCCUGUCCCUGUCUGACAAGUUUCACCACAUCACAGCACAGACCAUGGUGACACAGAACAUAUCAGGGCACAGCAGGGAAGAGGUGAGGUUUUACAUUCUCUCCUAUCCAGGUGCCCCCCAAAUGUAUUUUUGUCUUUACUGUAGCCCUUGCACCCUCAGCUUUUCCUGUUAACCCCUCUGGCCUCCUGAACACCUCUCCCCCACCUCCCCUCUCCUCCCUCCGUCAGGUCCUAGAGUCUUUGGGCCGGCUGUUUAAAGCCUUGAGCAUCCUAGAGAAGUAUGGCUGUAACCUGACCAGCCCCAGCAGGCCCAGGUACUGGCGCAGUGUCAAGCACAACAACCCAGUCUUCAGGGCUACCGUGGACGCCAUCAAGGUAAAGGAGGGAGACAGGCCUCUCUAAACACGAUCAGGGACUUCCAGCCCCAUUCUUAUUAUUACAGUAUAAUGAUUGACUUCCUAGUGCAUAGUACAGAUUACCGAGUCUGAAAGUCAUCUCAUCUAUUGAUUUCACUACAAAUAGUCAGAUGGUUCAAAAAGGGAGUGGAUCAAUGAUCAAUGUUUAAAGUGUCUCACGGGUCAUAGACAUAGACCUAGGGCACUGGGUACCCAGUGAUAUUUAAAGCAUUUCAGUUUACUUUUUCACUAAUUUGAGUCAACGGUGGUUUAUUCUACUGUCUGCUAUCUUUUCUACAGGGUGGCAGGUCAGUCCUGUUUCUCUACGGUUACACCAAUCAGCAGCCAGACGGCCUCAGCUUCCCUGAAGAUGUCACAGAUCCAGAUGUUGGGAAGGUUGCUGCGGUGACCAUUGAGGUCAUGACCCUGCGCAUGGAACUGGACAUGCUUAUCAAGGUGAACAUUCAUAUGAGAGUCUAAGAGUGUUAUUAUCUAAUAAAAAUGUUUGAAUUGUUCUCAUUCUCAAUUUGAGGAUAACCACAAAGAUGAGUUUCCAUGUUUGAUCUCUUGCUAACUCUUAUGUGGCACUGUGUUGUUUGUUGUCCUUCAGGGUACACAUGCUCACCCAGAAAUCUACAGCAAUAUAAUCCCAUCCCUUAGUCUACAGAAGACAACCCAGGUCUGUGUAGCGUACAGUCGGGUGGUUAAUCGGUUUGUCUGUUUCUACCUCAACCUUUUUCUGUGAUUAGUGUUGUCAUUAGGGCUAUUCUGCUCUCCUCAGGAUGAACCAGAGCUGAUGUCUGAUGCGGUGGUCAUCCCACCAGGAGAGGAGCAUGGGGACAGGGGGAACGACCUUCAAACACUAUCUCCUCCACCCAAACCUGCUGCUAGUCCUGGACUAAUACAAGCCCCCACAGGUGAGACAGACAGCCACUCCCUGUACGAGUCUCCCUGUCUGUCACCUGGCAACCUGUCCACUUCCAACCCCACUGGCAUAUGUCAUCUGCCUGUCUAUAGUACUGUCAUUGGAUGACAAAAUUAUUGCAUAUUGCUUAUUGCUCCUCUCUCCCUCUCUCUCUCUCUCUCUCUCUCUCUCUCUCUCUCUCUCUUUCUCUCUCAGACGGGGGGUGUAAUCUGUGCGGUGCCACGCCCUCUCUCCUCUGCCCACCCUGUGGUUCUCUUCCUUUCUGUCAGUCAUGUGACCUCAUCUACCACCGCCACCCGUCCAGAGCCAAUCACAGGAGAGAUAAAAUACAGGGUAAGAUAUGGGUCAUAGCUUUGACCAUUUCAGCUCAAAUCUCACUUUUAAUCCAAUAUUUAUUUGAAUAUUCUUACCCUGAAUAUGUAACCUAACACUGAAUAUGUAACCUAACACUUAUCACAUUUUUAAACCCCCCGUAGAGACCUGUACCAUCUGUGGUAUGUCCCAAGUCUCCACCCAUUGCUCCACCUGUUCUCAGAGGCUGUGUCUGGAAUGUGACAGACUGUACCAUUCUCACCCUGACCGCAGGGGUCACAACAGGACACUGGUUACCCCCGCCAAACCAACAAGAGCUUUUAGGUUAGAAAUGAGGAUGUGUUAUAAUCGACUCUACACACACAUACACACGUUCACACUCACACACACACAAACCUGAUCACUCACUUCUUCCGCCAUAUGUCCACCAGAUACACAAUGCGUUAGGGUUAGGGUUAGGGUUGUUUUUGCCAGAUGUCUAGCCCACAUUUUCCAAACUUGAUGCACAUCUGCUUAGUAAGGCUGCAGUACGGUUUGUGGCAUGGAGAAGAUCAUCUUCGCCCUGUUUGACCAAAACUAAUCAUUAAAACAGAUGAAAGUUAUUCUCAUAUCGACCUGCUGGUUUCAUAGGCUGCACACAAGGUCACAUUACAACAAUUCAUCUAGUUUCUUUCUAUUCUUCCGUCACAUUCAUCUCAAGCAACAUCAAUAAAUUGAACUGGUUGUUCCCAUAUAGAGUAGGCUACUGAUUUCUAAUCACUAGUUUGCCCGGCAUGAUGGCGUGCUAAAUUACACAAAGAACAGUUCUGUGCAUAUUCAUUUUGCACUCCAUUCUGUUGGCUGGUUUCGUGAAAACGCACAAACUUUUAUGUACUUCCGUUUGUACCACCGCACGGUUAUGCAACACACAAGUUGAAACUAUUGAACUCAUGUGGUACACAGAACGCACUGCAGCCUAGUGCAGCAUCCCCAACGUAGCGCUGCGGACUGCUCCAUUGACAAUUAAUGACUUCCACCGGAACGCAAAGAGUUUGACGCGUCUGCUGGACAUGAAGGUUGCUGGACAUGAAGCUUUCUGGACAUGAAGCUUUCUGGACAUGAAGCUUUCUGGACACGAAGCUUUCUGGACAUGAAGCUUUCUGAACUUGAAGCUUUCUGGACAUGAAGCUUUCUGGACAUGAAGCUUUCUGGACAUGAAGCUUUCUGAACUUGAAGCUUUCUGGACAUGAAGCUUUCUGGACAUGAAGCUUUCUGGACAUGAAGCUUUCGGACAUGAAGCUUUCUGGACAUGAAGCUUUCGGACAUGAAGCUUUCUGGACAUGAAGCUUUCUGGACAUGAAGCUUUCUGAACUUGAAGCUUUCUGGACAUGAAGCUUUCUGGACAUGAAGCUUUCGGACAUGAAGCUUUCUGGACAUGAAGCUUUCUGGACAUGAAGCUUUCUGGACAUGAAGCUUUCUGGACAUGAAGCUUUCGGACAUGAAGCUUUCUGGACAUGAAGCUCUGGACAUGAAGCUUUCUGGACAUGAAGCUUUCUGGACAUGAAGCUUUCUGGACAUGAAGCUUUCUGGACAUGAAGCUUUCGGACAUGAAGCUUUCUGGACAUGAAGCUUUCUGGACAUGAAGCUUUCUGGACAUGAAGCUUUCUGGACAUGAAGCUUUCCUCUCACUCGUGUUUCUUCUCUUUUCUAGCCAUUCUCUUUCCUCGUGGGAGUGUGCUCAGUGCACUACUGUAAACGAGGUGAAAGCCGUGCUGUGUGUGACCUGUGAACGACCCCGCCUGGCCGUCGCAUCCCUUAUAGUUCAGGAAGACCCAGGGCAGCCAUCACCCAACACAGGUCACAUUCAUAUACAUGGGUCAACUGUUGAGUAGUUUUCAUGUGACGUUCAUUUAAACAACAUAUUAGUCACCUAUCCUGUCCUGUUUGAGGUGUUCAUGCCAUCUGUGCCUCUAUAGCAGUGAUAAUACAUGAGUAAUGUAAUUAUACAUUACUAGAAACUGAGAUCAAUACCAGGCUGUCUGUUUAUCUACCCUCUCUGACCUCUUUCGUAGAGUGGCAGUGUAAGAGCUGUACGGUUGUGAACCAGGGCAGCAGUAUACUCUGUGAGGUGUGUGAGCGCCCCCGUCUGGCCACCCGUCCCUCUAUCACGCCAGUACUCUCCAGUAAUCCAGUAUGUUCCACGCCAGGACACACAGCAGACAAUGAAACAGAGGUUAGUGUAAAUACUGUAAAAACGAUUGGUCGCUAAAUCCAGCUAGAAGGACCACGUAAAAACGGUUGGCUGUUAUGCCCUCACCCGUCUGAGCGGUCGGCUGUGAAUGCCCUCACCCGCUAUAUACUUAUAACUGAUUGGUUUGAUUCAGUCCUCUAUAGUGCUGUCCGUUUAGAACAUGAUGUUGAGGCCCAUCACUGUACGCUUGAUAGUCACCACCACAUACACACAGACACAGCUGUUUCCAUUUGAAUACAGUGUAUGUUUAUAUGAUUUUGGUAAUCCGAAUGACUUGGAAUCUUAUUGUUGUGGUUCUAUAAGACAAAGAUAUGCACACAAUUAAAGGUUAUAACUAUGCAAUAUACAUACAGUACCAGUCAAAAGUUUGGACACACCUACUCAUUCAAGGGUUUUUCUUUAUUUUUACUAUUUUCUACAUUGUAGAAUAAUAGUGAAGACAUUAAAACUAUGAAAUAACACAUAUGGAAUCAUGUACAGUGAGGGAAAAAAGUAUUUGAUCCCCUGCUGAUUUUGUACGUUUGCCCACUGACAAAGAAAUGAUCAGUCUAUAAUUUUAAUGGCAGGUUUAUUUGAACAGUGAGAGACAGAAUUGACCCCCUCUCAAUCAGAAAGAUUUCUGGCUACCAGGUGUCUUUUAUACAGGUAACGAGCUGAGAAUAGGAGCACACUCUUAAAGGGCGUGCUCCUAAUCUCAGCUUGUUACCUGUAUAAAAGACACCUGUCCACAGAAGCAAUCAAUCAAUCAGAUUCCAAACUCUCCACCAUGGCCAAGACCAAAGAGUUCUCCAAGGAUGUCAGGGACAAGAUUGUAGACCUACACAAGGCUGGAAUGGGCUACAAGACCAUCGCCAAGCAGCUUGGUGAGAAGGUGACAACAGUUGGUGCGAUUAUUCGCAAAUGGAAGAAACACAAAAUAACUGUCAAUCUCCAUCGGCCUGGGGCUCCAUGCAACAUCUCACCUCGUGAAGUUGCAAUGAUCAUGAGAACGGUGAGGAAUCAGCCCAGAACUACACGGGAGGAUCUUGUCAAUGAUCUCAAGGCAGCUGGGACCAUAGUCACCAAGAAAACAAUUGGUAACACACUACGCCGUGAAGGACUGAAAUCCUGCAGCGCCUGCAAGGUCCCCCUGCUCAAGAAAGCACACAUACAGGGCCGUCUGCAGUUUGCCAAUGAACAUCUGAAUGAUUCAGUGGAGAACUGGGUGAAAGUGUUGUGGUCAGAUGAGACCAAAAUCGAGCUCUUUGGCAUCAACUCAACUCGCCGUGUUUGGAGGAGGAGGAAUGCUGCCUAUGACCCCAAGAACACCAUCUCCACCGUCAAACAUGGAGGUGGAAACAUUAUGCUUUGGGGGUGUUUUUCUUCUAAGGGGACAGGACAACUUCACCGCAUCAAAGGGACGAUGGACGGGGCCAUGUGCCGUCAAAUCUUGGGUGAGAACCUCCUUCCCUCAGCCAGGGCAUUGAAAAUGGGUCGUGGAUGGGUAUUCCAGCAUGACAAUGACCCAAAACACACAGCCAAGGCAACAAAGGAGUGGCUCAAGAAGAAGCACAUUAAGGUCCUGGAGUGGCCUAGCCAGUCUCCAGACCUUAAUCCCAUAGAAAAUCUGUGGAGGGAGCUGAAGGUUCGAGUUGCCAAACGUCAGCCUCGAAACCUUAAUGACUUGGAGAAGAUCUGCAAAGAGGAGUGGGACAAAAUCCCUCCUGAGAUGUGUGCAAACCUGGUGGCCAACUACAAGAAACAUCUGACCUCUGUGAUUGCCAACAAGGGUUUUGCCACCAAGUACUAAGUCAUGUUUUGCAGAGGGGUCAAAUACUUAUUUCCUUCAUUAAAAUGCAAAUCAAUUUAUAACAUUUUUGACAUGCGUUUUUCUGGAUUUUUUUGUUGUUAUUCUGUCUCUCACUGUUCAAAUAAACCUACCAUUAAAAUGAUAGACUGAUCAUGUCUUUGUCAGUGGGCAAACGUCCAAAAUCAGCAGGGGAUCAAAUACUUUUUUCCCUCACUGUAGUAGCCCAAAAAUUGUUAAACAAAUCAAAAUAGAUUUUAGGUUUUAGAUUCUUCAAAAUAGCCACCCUUUGCCUUGAUGACAGCUUUGCACACUAUUUGCAUUCUCUCAACCAGCUUCAUGAGGUAGUCACCUGGAAUGCAUUUCAAUUAACAGGUGUGCCUUGUUAAAAGUUAAUUUGUGGAAUUUCUUUCCUUCUUAAUGCAGUUGAGCCAAUCAGUUGUGUUGUGACAAGGUAGGGUUGGUAUACAGAAGAUAGCCCUAUUUGGUAAAAGACCAAGUCCAUAUUAUGGCAAGACCAGGUAAAAUAAGCAAAGAGAAACGACAGUUUUAAUCUUUCAAAAUCUCUCUCCCCCUCUCUGCCUCUCUCCCAUGCUGUCUCUCUCUCUCUGUAGUGGAUGUGUCAGUUCUGCACCUAUGUGAACUUGCAGCCUGCAGUGGUUUGUAAGAUGUGCAACUUGCCGUGCAAAGACCCUGCGGUCACCAGCCCCAAGUCCCUCCUCCUGCAAUCUCCAAUCAAAGACUUAGUCCCGCCUCCUGUGACGCCCCAUAUCCCUCCCCAGAUCUCUUCCAGGGUGAACAUCGACAUCAAGAGACAGAACCUGAUGAGGGAUGAAGGGCUGAAGCUUGUCCAUGAAAUACGAGUAGGUGGCGUUUGAACUGACUCUAAAUGUGAAUUAAAACCAGAUUGACUGGUAUUAUUCUAACUUCUAAGUUGAUGUUCUUCCUCAGAAGGGAGAGAAGAAGGGAGUGGGCCCUGAGGAGGUGUACGCAGCCCUCUGUGUUUCCAGGGGCAGCAACGUCAACCCCUGUGAUUGGCUGAAAUCAGAGCUGCCCCACCAACUGGAUGAGAUCUGUGCCAUGGCGGCUUCGGCAGCUUUGCAGAACUACAAAGCAAGGGUUUCUGGGCCGCAGGAUAACACUGAGAGGGAUGUGGGGUCGACAGAGCAACAGAGUCCCAGUGUGCUGCUGGGUGAGGGGGUGCAGCUGUCCAGGGUUGAGGCCAAGCAGGCAUGGCUGGCAGCAGGGGGCGACACUGAGAGAGCAGUCUGUCAGCUGCUCAGAGACAGACAGGCCAAGGUGAGAACCAGACAGUUCACCUGACCCUAAUGGUCACUCAAAACUGAUAUGGCUAAACACUUUAGAGUUCACUAGACCCAUCAGUGGCCUUGUGGUUAGAGUGUCAGACCUGAGGUUGGAAGGUUGGGAGUUUGAUCCCAGGCCGAGACAUACCAAAGACUGCUUGACACAGAUAGUCUCCUGCUCCUAUGAGCCAUUCCAACUCGUGCAAGGCUACUUACUGAGAUAGUCUGUGUCACGAUUAAGCCUACAGUGCCUUCGGAAAGUAUUGAGACCCCUUGACUUUUUCCACAUUUUGUUACGUUACAGCCUUAUUCUAAAAUGGAUUAAAUAAAUACAAUUCCUCAGCAAUCUACACACAAUACCCCAUAAUGACAAAGUGAAAACAGGUUUUUAGACAUUUUAGCAAAUGUAUUUAAAAUAAAAAACAGAAAUACCUUAUUUACGUAAGUAUUCAGACGCUUCCCUAUGAGACUCGAUAUUGAGCUCAAGUGCAUCCUGUUUCCAUUGAUCAUCCUUGAGAUGUUUCUACAACUUGAUUGGAGUCCACCCGUAGUAAAUUCAAUUGAUUGGACAUGAUUUGGAAAGGCACACACCUGUCUAUAAAAGGUCCCACAGUUGACAGUGCUUGUCAGAGCAAAAACCAAGCCAUGAGGUUGAUGGAAUUGUCCGUAGAGGUCCGAGACAGGAUUGUGUCAAGGCACAGAUCUGGGGAAGGGUACCAAAAGCAUUCUGCAGCAUUGAAGGUCCCCAAGAACACAGUGGCCUCCAUCAUUUUUAAAUAGAAGAAGUUUGGAACCACCAAGACUCGUCCUAGAGCUGGCCGCCUGGCCAAACUGAGCAAUCAGGGGAGAAGGGCCUUGGUCAGGGAGGUGACCAAGAACCAGAUGGUCACUCUGACAGAGCUCUAGAGUUCCUCUGUGGAGAUGGGAGAACCUUCCAGAAGGACAACCAUCUCUGCAGCACUCCACCAAUCAGGCCUUUAUGGUAGAGUGGCCAGAAGGAAGCCACUCCUCAGUAAAAGGCACAUGACAGCCCGCUUGGAGUUUGCCAAAAGGCACCUAAAGACUCAGACCAUGAGAAACAAGAUUCUCUGGUCUGAUGAAACCAAGAUUGAACUCUUUGACCUGAAUGCCAAGCCGUCACAUCUGGAGGAAACCUGGCACCCAUCUCUACGGUGAAGCAUGGUGGUGGCAGCAUCAUGCUGUGGGGAUGUUUUUCAGCGGCAGGGACUGGGAGACUAGUCAGGAUCGAGGGAAAGAUGAACGGAGCAAAGUAUAGAGAGAUCCUUGAUGAAAACCUGCUCCAGAGCGCUCAGGACCUCAGACUGGGGCGAAGGUUCACCUUCCAACAGGACAACAACCCUAAGCACACAGCCAAGACAACGCAGGAGUGGCUUCGGGACAAGUCUCUGAAUGUCCUUGAGUAGCCCAGCCAGAGCCCAGACUUGAACCCAGACUUGAACCCGAUCGAACAUCUCUGGAGAGACCUGAAAAUAGCUGUGCAGCAACGCUCCCCAUCCAAGCUGACAGAGCUUGAGAGGAUCUGCAGAGAAGAAUGGGAGAAACUCCCCAAAUACAGGUGUGCCAAGCUUGUAGCGUCAUACCCAAGAAGACUCGAGGCUGUAAUCGCUGCCAAAGGUGCUUCAACAAAGUACUGAAUAAAGGGUCUGAAUACUUAUGUAAAUGUGAUAUUUCCUUUUUUUUUUUUUUUUAUACAUUUGCAAAAAAAUCUAAAAACCUGUUUUUGCUUUGUCAUUAUGGGGUAUUGUGUGUAGAUUGAUGAGGGGGGGAAAACAAUUUAAUCAAUUUUACAAUAAAGCUGUAACGUAACAAAAUGUGAAAAAAGUCUAGGGGUCUGAAUACUUUCCGAAAGCACUGUAUAUGCAAAGUAUACUGCAGUUACAUUUUUUUGUCAUGUCGCAGACGCUCUUAUCCAAAGCGACUUAGAGGAGCAAUUAGGGUUAAAUGCCUUGCUCAAGGGCUAUUCGACAGAUUUUUCAUCUAGUCGGCUCAGGGAUUCAAACCAGCGACCAUUCAGUUACUGGCCCAGCACUCUUAACCGCUAGGCUACCUGCCGCCCCAAAUCAAAAUGUAUUUGUCACGUGCACAGGAUACAGCAGGUGUAAACAGUCCAGUAAAAUGCUUACUUGCAAGCUCCUCAAGAAUGCAGUAAUACUAAGAUAUGAAAGAGGUGUUUCCACUCUGACUGGGUCUGGUCUGUCUCUGGUGUGUAGAUGCGGGAGCUGCGUUCUCUGGGCUUCCGGGAGGCAUCCCAGUGUGAGGAGGCUCUGCGUCUGAGUGGAGGAGAGGUGCGGGGGGCUCUGUCCCUGCUGCAGCGGCCCCUCCUGGAGCCCUUCCACCAGCGCAUCUGGAGCGACCAGCCAGAAGCCCCCAUUGAUGCCAAGAACCCUGACAAACAGGUACUGCAGAGUGUAUGUGUCUGAGAGAGACAGAGAGAGAGCACAAGUCAACUAAACUGCAUUUCCCAAGGCCAUAGAUAACACAAAUAAUCUGAUUGUUGUUCAUCAUCAUCAUUACCCUCCAUUGUCCUCUCAGAGGAUGUGCAGGCGCCUGCUGGCGUUGUACGAGCUGCCCAGCUGGGGGCGCUGUGAGCUGGCCCUGUCUCUACUCCAGGAGCCUGAUGCCCAGUACUCCCUGGAGGACGUCAUCCAGGCCGUCAGAGAGUCCCAGGACAGAGAGUUCCUCCGCCGCCUUCUCAACAACGAGUGCCCCUGCUGCCUCAGCAUCUUCCCACACAGCAAGGUGGGCUGCUGGGGGUUUGGUUGAGUUUGCGUGGAAUGGUGUAGCUACAUUGCACUGCAUGUUGUUUUGUAAUUCUUUAGUACAAUUGACUUUCAGUGCAACGUAGACAUACUGUAACUUUCACUUUGGUGCCCUCCUCUCUCAGAUAUGGUGUGUCAUUUCUAUAAGCUGUUAAUACCGGUAUGUGGUUUAUGGGUUUAUACUGCAUAGAUCCUUCAAACAUUCUCUGUACCUCUCUCAGAUGCAGUCCCUGACCUCGUGUCAGUGCUCGGUGUGCCACGAGUGUUUCACACAGCAUUUCACCAUCGCUGUGAGAGACAAGCACAUCAGAGACAUGGUGUGUCCCGUGUGUGCGGGACCAGACAUCAACGACCCUGAGCACCUGGACAGCUACUUCUUUACUCUGGACAUUCAGGUGAUAAGAAGAAGAAUAAGAAUACACUUUGUUUGGAAGGGAAGAUAUGGAGAUAGAUGGGAGGUAUCCAGUUUGCAAAGUUACCUGUUUUAUUUUUUCAGAAAUCCCAGAUUUGAGCAUUUUUGCAACCCUAGGAGGGCUAUAGGUAGAUGGAAAUCAAAUCAAAUCAAAUUAUAUUUGUCACAUGUACUGAAUACAACAGGUGUAGACCUUAAAGUGAAAUGCUUACUUACAAGCCCUUAACCAACAAUGCAAUUUUAAGAAAGAAUACCUAAAAAAAAAAAAAAAAGUAACAAAUAAUUAAAGAGCAGCAGUAAAAUAACAGUAGGGAGGCUAUAUACAGGGGGUACCGGUACAGAGUCAAUGUGCGGGGGCACAGGUUAGUCGAGGUAAUUAGGUAAUAUGUACAUGUAGGUAGAGUUAUUAAAGUGACUAUGCAUAGCUAAUAAACAGAGAGUAGCAGCAGCGUCAAAGAGGAGGGGGGGGGCAAUGCAAAUAGUCUGGGUAGCCAUUUGAUUAGUCUUAUGGCUUGGGGGUAGAAGCUGUUUAGAAGCCUCUUGGACCUAGACUUGGCGCUCCGGUACCGCUUGCCGUGCGGUAGCAGAGAGAACAGUCUAUGACUAGGGUGGCUGGAGUCUUUGACCAUUUUUAGGGCCUUCCUCUGACACCGCCUGGUAUAGAGGUCCUGGAUGGCAGGAAGCUUGGCCCCAGUGAUGUACUGGGCCGUACGCACUACCCUCUGUAUUGCCUUGCGGUCAGCGGCCGAGCAGUUGCCAGACCAGGCAGUGAUGCAACCAGUCAGGAUGCUCUCGAUGGUGCAGCUGUAGAAUCUUUUGAGGAUCUGAGGACCCAUGCCAAAUCUUUUCAGUCUCCUUAGGUGGAAUAGGUUUUGUCGUGCCCUCUUCACAACUGUCUUGGUGUGCUUGGACCAUGUUAGUUUGUUGGUGAUGUGGACACCAAGGAACCUGAAGCUCUCAACCUGCUUCACUACAGCCCCGUCGAUGAGAAUGGGCCGUGCUCGGUCCUCUUCUUUUUCCUGUAGUCCACAAUCAUCUCCUUUGUCUUGAUCACGUUGAGGGAGAGGUUGUUGUCCUGGCACCACACGGCCAGGUCUCUGACCUCCUCCCUAUAGGCUGUCUUAUCGUUGUCGGUGAUCAGGCCUGCCACUGUUGUGUCAUCUGCAAACGUAAUGAUGGUGUUGGAGUCGUGCCUGGCAAUGUAGUCAUAAGUGAACAGGGAGUACAGGAGGGGACUGAGCACGCACCCCUGAGGGGCCCCCGUGUUGAGGAUCAGCGUGGCGGAUGUGUUGUUACCUACCCUUACCACCUGGGGGCGGCCCGUCAGGAAUUCCAGGAUCCAGUUGCAGAGGGAGGUGUUUAGUCCCAGGGUCCUUAGCUUAGUGAUGGGCUUUGAGGGCACUAUGGUGUUGAACGCUGAGCUGUAGUCAAUGAACAGCAUUCUCACAUAGGUGUUCCUUUUGUCCAGGUGUGAAAGGGCAGUGUGGAGCGCAAUAGAGAUUGCAUCAUCUGUGGGUUGCAAGCCCUGCCGCAUCCGACGAGCUUCAGAGCCGGUGUAGUAAGAUUCGAUCUUAGUCCUGUAUUGACGCUUUGCCUGUUUGAUGGUUCGUCGGAGGGCAUAGCGGGAUUUCUUAUAAGCUUCCGGAUUAGAGUCCCGCUCUUUGAAAGCGACAGCUGUACCCUUUAGCUCAGUGCGGAUGUUGCCUGUAAUCCAUGGCUUCUGGUUGGGGUAUGUACAUACAGUCACUGUGGGGACGACGUCAUCGAUGCACUUAUUGAUGAAGCCAGUGACUGAUGUGGUGUACUCCUCAAUGCCAUCGGAAGAAUCCCGGAACAUAUUCCAGUCUGUGCUAACAAAACAGUCCUGUAGCUUAGCAUCUGCUUCAUCUGACCACUUUUUUAUUGACCGAGUCACUGUUGCUUCCUGCUUUAGUUUUUGCUUGUAAGCAGGAAUCAGGAGGAUAAAAUUAUGGUCAGAUUUGCCAAAUGGAGGGCGAGGGAGAGCUUUGUACGCUGGUUGCACAUUUAACAUGCUGGUAGAAAUGAGGUAAAACGGAUUUAAGUUUCCCUGCAUUAAAGUCCCUUGCCACUAGGAGCGCCGCCUCUGGAUGAGCAUUUUCCUGUUUGCUUAUGGCCGUAUACAGCUCAUUGAGUGCCGUCUUAGUGACAGCAUCGGUUUGUGGUGGUAAAUAGACAGCUACGAAGAAUAUAGAUGAAAACUCUCUUGGUAGAUAGUGUGGUCUACAGCUUAUCAUGAGAUACUCUACCUCAGGCGAGCAAAACCUUGAGACUUCCUUAGUAUUUGAUUUUGUGCACCAGCUGUUGUUUACAAAUAUACAUAGACCGCCACCCCUUGUCUUACCAGAGGCUGCUGUUCUAUCCUGCCGAUACAGUGCACAACCCGCCAGCUGUAUGUUAUUCAUGUCGUCGUACAGCCACGACUCGGUGAAACGUAAGAUAUUACAGUUUUUAAUGUCCUGUUGGUAGGAUAUAGGUGCUUGUAGUUGUCCACUUUAUUAUCAAGCAAUUGUACGUUGGCCAAUAGUACCAAUGGCAAAGGCAGAUUAGCCACUCGUCGCCGGCUCCUUACCAGGCACCCCGCGAUAUCACCGUCUCUUUCUACUGCGAAUGAUGGGGAUGAGGGCCCUGUCAGGUGUCUGGAGCAAAUCCCUCUCGUCCAACUCAUUAAAGAAAAAUUAUUUGUCCAGUUCAAGGUGAGUAAUCGCUGUUCUGAUGUCCAGAAGCUCUUUUCGGUCAUAAGAUACGGUAGCAGCAACAUUAUGUACAAAAUAAGUUACAAACAAUGCGAAAAAACUAACAAAACAGCACGGUUGGUUAAGAGCCCAUAAAACGGCAGCUUGUGUUGUGUUUCAUGUUCAUACCAUUGUUAUUUCUGUUGUGUGUUUAGCUGAGAGACUGUCUGGAUCGUGAGGUGUACGAGCUCUUCCACAAGAAGCUGAUGGAGCAUGCUCUGAUGAAGGACCCCAUGUUCCUGUGGUGCUGUCACGUGAGUGGGUUUCUAACCAGCUCCAUCACAUACAGUACCAGUCAAAAGUUUGGACACACCUACUCAUUCAAGGGUUUUUCUUUAUUUUUACUAUUUUCUACAUUGUAGAAUAAUAGUGAAGACAUCAACACUAUGAAAUAACACAUAUGGAAUCAUGUAGUAACCAAGUGUUAAACAAAUCAAAAUAUAUUUUAUAUUUGAGAUUCUUCUAAGUAGCCACCCUUUGCAUUGAUGACAGCUUUGCACACUCUUGGCAUUCUCUCAACCAGUUUCACCUGGAAUGCUUUUCCAACAGUCUUGAAGGAGUUCCCACAUAUGCUGAGCACUUGUUGGCUGCUUUUCCUUCACUCUGCGGUCCUACUCAUCCCAAACCAUCUCAAUUGGGUUGAGGUCGGGUGAUUGUGGAGGCCAGGUCAUCUGAUGCAGUACUCCAUUACUCUCCUUCUUGGUCAAAUAGCCCUUACACAGUCUGGAGGUGUGUUGGGUCAUUGUCCUGUUGAAAAACAAAUGAUAGUCCCACUAAGCGCAAACCAGAUGGGAUGGCGUAUCGCUGCAGAAUGCUGUGGUAGCCAUGCUGGUUAAGUGUGCCUUGAAUUCUAAAUAAAUCACAGACAGUGUCACCAGCAAAGCACCCCCACACCAUCACACCUCCUCCAUGCUUCACGGUGGGAACCACACAUGCGGAGAUCAUCCGUUCACCUACUCUGAGUCUCACAAAGACACGGCGGUUAGAACCAAAUUUGGACUCAUCAGACCAAAGGACAGAUUUCCACCGGUCUAAUGUCCAUUGCUCGUGUUUCUUGGCCCAAGCAAGUCUCUUCUUCUUAUUGGUGUCCUUUAGUAGUGGUUUCUUUUCAGCAAUUCGACCAUGAAGGCCUGAUUCAUGCAGUCACCUCUGAACAGUUGAUGUUGAGAUGUGUCUGUUACUUGAACUCUGUAAAGCAUUUAUUUGGGCUGCAAUCUGAGGUGCAGUUAUUCUAAUGAACUUAUCUUCUGCAGCAGAGGUAACUCUGGGUCUUCCUUUCCUGUGGCGGUCCUCAUGAGAGCCAGUUUCAUCAUAGCGCUUGAUGGUUUUUGCGACUGCACUUGAAGAAACUUUCAAAGUUCUUGAAAUGUUCCGGAUUGACUGACCUUCAUGUCUUAAAGUAAUGAUGGACUGUCAUUUCUCUUUGCUUAUUUGAGCUGUUCUUGCCAUAAUAUGGACUUGGUCACAACACAACUGAUUGGCAUUAAGAAGGAAAGAAAUUCCACAAAUUAACUUUUAACAAGGCACACCUGUUAAUUGAAAUGCAUUCCAGGUGACUACCUCAUGAAGCUGGUUGAGAGAAUGCCAAGAGUGUGCAAAGCUGUCAUCAAGGCAAAGGGUGGCUACUUUGAAGAAUCUCAAAUAUAAAAUAUAUUUUGAUUUGUUUAACACUUUUUUGGUUACUACAUGAUUCCAUAUGUGUUAUUUCAUAGUUUUGAUGUCUUCACUAUUAUUCUACAAUGUAGAAAAUAGUAAAAAUAAAGAAAAACCCUUGAAUGAGUAGGUGUGUCCAAACUUUUGACUGGUACUGUAUACAGUUACUUCUCUACUGUAUUUCCCUUUUCAUUCACCCCUCUCUUCUCCUCCUCCCUCCUCUUCCCUCCUCAGUGCACCUUUGGGUUUAUCUAUGAUGGAAACCAAUUCAAAGUCACCUGUCCCACGUGUAUAAAGAGCUUUUGUAACCAAUGCAAAAAGCCUGUAAGUACAAAAGAUACCUGUUGUUGUCUUGCCUGCCAUGUAUUGUGUCAUUUCAUAGCUACGUGUAUGUGGGACCCAAAUAAUGAUGCAUGUAUGUCUCUCUCUCCAUCUUUCUCUCUCCUUCUCUCUCACUCCCUCUAUCUCUCCCUCCUUCUAUCUCCCCCCCCCCCCCCCCCCCCCCCCCCCCCCCCUCUCUCUCUCUCUCUCUCUCUCUCUCUCUCUCUCUCUCUCUCUCUCUGUCAGUGGGAAGCUCAGCACCAGGAUUUAUCCUGUGAGCAGUUCCAGUUGUGGAAGAGACAGAAUGACCCUGACUACCAGAGACAGGGGCUGGCUGGGUUCCUGCGGGACAACGGCAUCAGUGAGCCAGUCAGCCUAGACAACCUGCAGUUAUUGGCCCAUAUUCACAAAGAGUUUUAGAGUAUGGUUGCUGAUAUACGAUCAGAUUUCCUUUUUAGAUAAUAAUAAUAAAUACGAUUAUCUGGACAGACAGGACCUGGUCCUAGAUCAGCACUUCUACUUUGAAACUCUUGACUCCUGGCACACAAUGCCAUCUCACCAUCAUCACCAUCAUCAUAAUUGUUAUAACACCAUGAUGUGGUCCUUCUUGUCAUCUCUCUCCGUAGCCUGUCCUCACUGCAGGUUCCAGUAUGCCUUGACCAAAGGGGGCUGCAUGCACUUCAGCUGCUCCCAAUGCAGAUACCAGUUCUGCAGCGGCUGCAACAAUCCCUUCCACACUGUAAGUCACAUAAAAGGGACUGCAUGGAGUACCAUAUUUCUCACUAAAUGGAUUCAGUCAGAGGGAAGGAUCUCCCUUUCCCCCAGGGCUUUCUCAUCAUACAUUCCCAGCCUCAUGUCUGUUUCCUUUUUCACUUUCCCUUCUUCACCCGUUUCCCUCCCUCCUCUCCCUCUCCCUCUCCCUCUCUCUCAGACGGCUUGUAAAACAGUCCAGUGUAAGAUCACAGGUCUCCAUGCUCAUCACCCACGCGACUGUCUCUUCUACCUCAGGGACUGGGAGCCUGCCAGACUACAGGCCCUGCUGCAGGUACAGAGACAAGGGAUGUUCUGGGAACGUUACAGAGGGAUGUUCUGGGAACGUUACAGAGGGAAUGUUCUGGGAAUGUUACAGAGGGAAUGUUCUGGGAACGUUACAGUGGGAAUGUUCUGGGAACACUACAGAGGGAAUGUUCUGGGAACGUUACAGAGGGAAUGUUCUGGGAACGUUACAGAGGGAAUGUUUUGGGAACAUUACCGAGGGAAUGUUCAGGAAACAUUACAGAGAUAAUGUUCUGGGAAUGUUAUUGAGAGAAUGUUCUGGGAACAUUACAGGAGGAAUGUUUUGGGAAUGUUACAGAGGGAAUGUUCUGGGAACAUUAAAGGGUUGUCAAUUCAAUGUUGUGUUUCUGAGCUAAGGUGUUUAUAUUUUGUCCACAGAGGAGUGCUGUUGAGUUCAACACAGAACCCCCUAAUGGGACACAGACUGGUGAGAGUGACCUCUUGUUUAUCCUCUCUUAGUUCCCAGAUCUGUGAGAACUCAUUUUCCCUUUCUGUCUGACUCCUUUCUGUCUGACUCCUUUCUGUGGGACUCCUUUCUGUCUGGCUCCUUUCUGUCUGACUCCUUUCUGUGUGACUCCUUUCUGUCUGACUCCUUUCUGUCUGACUCCUUUCUGUGGGACUCCUUUCUGUCUGACUCCUUUCUGUCUGACUCCUUUCUGUCUGACUCCUUUCUGUGUGACUCCUUUCUGUCUGACUCCUUUCUGUGUGACUCCUUUCUGUGUGACUCCUUUCUGUCUGACUCCUUUCUGUGUGACUCAUUUCUGUCUGACUCCUUUCUGUGUGACUCCUUUCUGUCUGACUCCUUUCUGUGUGACUCCUUUCUGUCUGACUCCUUUCUGUCUGACUCCUUUCUGUGUGACUCCUUUCUGUCUGACUCCUUUCUGUGUGACUCCUUUCUGUGUGACUCCUUUCUGUGUGACUCCUUUCUGUGUGACUCCUUUCUGUCUGACUCCUUUCUUUCUGACUCCUUUCUGUCUGACUCCUUUCUGUGUGACUCCUUUCUGUGUGACUCCUUUCUGUCUGACUCCUUUCUGUGUGACUCCUUUCUGUGUGACUCAGACGCGUGUGGAGUGAUGGAGCAGAAGGAUGACGGGGGUCAGCAGAUCGACUCACCCUGUGGAGUCCAAACUCAGCCAGGACACGCUGGACUCUGCGAGUUAGUCACACACACACAGUUGAUAAUACCUUAUUGUUUGUUGUUAUUUGUGCAUUACACACACACAUAUAUCCAGUGGGUUUAAUUGUAUUGUAUUUAAUUGUAGGGGAGAGUGGGGUAAGUUGUGCCAUUUUCUACAUUCAGGGGGUUCAAGGGAAAUAUAAUAUUCUUUCUAAUAAAGAUAUCUACAUACAUUUCAGGAUGUUGUAUAUCCCUGGAAAUAAUCAGAAUUCAGUUAAAAACAUAGCUUGUCCAAAAAAAAGUGGUCUCUUGGCACAAUUUACCCUAGGUAUGGGGUAAGUUGAGCCGCAGGACAGGGUAAGUUAAGCCACAUACAAAUGUCUGUAAUGAAUGAAAUAUUACCACUACCUUUUUAAAACCAUGUCUAUCUUUAUUUCCCAAACACAAUUCAACACAAUCACAAUCGCUUUUUUGUUUUUUAAUCAUUUGAAUCAUCUUUUAAUACAGGUUAACACCUAAAAAACACUUUGCCUUGCAUUACUCCUUGGAAGAAAACUUCAACUUGUCAUUGGCUCAACCAUUGGCUAAACUUACCCCAUGGCCAACUUACUCCAAGGCAAACGUUUUGACUAUAUUAGCCCACACAAGGAUGGACUUUCAUGCUAGGUUUAGGAUCUCAUAUUAAAGCUAAUAGAGACCCCAACUGAUGUAUAGAACAAUCUUAAAAGUAUCUACUUUGGUUUAGAUACAAGCAUGAAACCUGAUGACCUCUUCCUAAAUAUUUGGUCAAAUUAUACAUUUUGUGUAUGGUUUCCUAGAAACAAGGGUGGCUCAACUGACCCCUUUGGCUCAACUUACCUGACUCUACCCUAUUGAAGAUAUGUAAUGAAAAGUUAAUGAUAUUUAAGCAGUAAGGCGUGUGGUAAGAAGUGUGGUAUAUGGCCAAUAUACCACGGCUAAGGGUUGUUCUUACGCACGACGCAACACGGAGUGCCUGGAUACAGCCCUUAGCCGUGGUAUAUUGGCCAUAUACCACAAACCCCUGAGGUGCCUUAUUGCUAUUAUAAACUGGUAACGUAAUUAGAGCAGUACAAAGUAAUGUUUUGUCAUACCAGUGGUAUACGGUCUGAUAUAUCACGUCUGUCAGCCAAUCAGCAUUCAGGGCUUGAACCACCUAGUUUAUAAUAACUUUUAAACCACCUUUGCUAUCUGUUAGGCUGUCUCACUCUGUCUGUCUGUGUGUGUGGCCAUUGCAGUAAACACUACAGAGAGUACCUGGUUAGUCUCAUCAACGGACACACUCUGGACCCCGCUCUUCUCUACGACCAACAAGAGGUGACAGUUGCCUGCAAGAGGUACCAGGUGGAGGAGCAACAACGGGAGGGGGAGGACGACAGGGUGUACAAGGCUCGACUGCUGAAGGUCAGUCAUCACUCAGUUAGGCUUGUGGCCUCACUGGAAGUUUGCACUAAAUCGUUUCUAUGUUCAUUUUGAUGUAGUGUUUUUGUUGUGGUUCAGAUUGUGUGAAACUUUACUCUUUCUUUACAGAAACUGAUGGAAGUUCCACUUGGAGAAAAGGUUCCUCGGAUGAGAUGAAGAUUGAUUGAAUAUUUUAUUAUCCAUUUUAAGGAAAGUGCAGGUAUCCUAUUUGCAAACAGCAUCGGGUUUCAAACCUCCCACCACAUAGCAUUACCAACCUAGCUGUUAUAUUGCAUCUCAUUGAAGUUUAACAUGCUUUGUUUGUUAUAUGGUUCAUUCGAUUUCUGAAAUCAUUUUGUUCACAAUUACACAUCUACAGGUAUCUCAAUUUCCUCUCUGUACAAGGAUAACGCUGCAAAGGAAGACUUACAAGACAGGCCAAUUAACAACUGUCUUUCUGGUUUAUUUUUAUUAGAUAGAUGAGUUUAAAAUACAGCACUAAACAACUUUAGAACACAUAAGGGGAAGGUGUCUGUCAUCUUAAAAAUGGCAGUCAAUAUUGUGAGAUCAAUAGCACAUAGUAUACAGAAUGUAACAUUAGGGUGUACCAUGCAAUAAAGUAUUUUAUUGAUUUAAAAAUUAGUUUUAUGACUGGUCUCAAUUUUGUCUCAUCAGUUGCAGGCUGUUCUCUGAGAAAAUAUCCUAUAUUUGAGCCAAAUGUCGCCCCCUGGUGUCAUAGCAGUAAACUGAAUUAUUUCUACAAAGUCACGUGAUUUCGGAGAAAAGGAGCGUCUGCCUCUGUUCUGCGCGAGGAAAGCGAAUAGCCUCUGGAUUUUCCAGUCGAAGUGCUAUGCGCUGCUAGAUCCGCUCUCGUGAAGAAUCCGAGGAAAACCAACACAAGGUAAACGAAACUAUUCACAUUCAUCACACUGAUUCUAAAUCUAUGGAAAAGUAGGAUUUCUGUAGAUCAGCUGGUAGAGCAAGGUAGUGGGUUCGAUCCCCGGGACCACCCAUACACAAAAAUGUAUGCACGCAUGACUGUAAGUCGCUUUGGAUAAAAGCGUCUGCUAAAUGGCAUAUUAUUAUUAUUAUUAUUAUUUACACUUCAUGAGCAAUUUGUUUAUUUAUUAGUUUGUUAUUUUUAGAUGGGGACAUCAAUAUCUGAUUUGAUUAUAGGAUCGUCUCUAAGCAUAAUAGUUGCUCACAUUCAUAAAUUAACUUUUUUAAUAUUGUAAUUUCAACUGAAGCUGGUGUACAAAGCCGAAAGUAAAAAGAGCAAAAACGAAACUGGGAACGGAUCUACCGCUUCUCAGAUUUGCAUUGAUGAGAAUUACAGAUCUAUAACUCUCAAAUUUCUACUGCGCCUUUAAGUGUUGUUAUCUGUGCAGUCUGCCAUGGCAGUCUGCCAGUGUGAAUGUCCUCAGCUGAACUACAAACACACACAUGUCACGCGUACAUACUCACAAUACUCGUUAUCACAGCUAGCACUGCUCUUACUGUAUUAUGUUGUGUUUGUUUCUAUCAGCCUAUAUAUAGGUCUCAGGAGGUUGGUGGCACCUUAAUUGGGGAGGGCAGGCUCAUGGUAAUGGCUGGAGUGGAAUAGGUGGAAUGGUAUCAAAUACAUCAAACAUGUGGUUGAUACCAUUCCAUUUGCUCCGAUCCAGCCAUUAUUAUGAGCCGUACUCCCCUCAGCAGCCUCCACUGAUGUAGGCCUAAUACUGUCUGUAUAGUUUUAAAACACAAUAAUUUUUUGAGGCCAGACUAGAUGGAAAUAAGAAAGUUAUACUGUUUUCACAGCUAUGGCAUCUGGGAGAAUUCGCUCCACCCGCAGACUACGCUCUUGGAUGGUAGACCAGGUGAGUGUUUGUGGAGGAUGGGUUCAAUAGUUCCUUUUGAGCAAAUGAAUGUGUGUGCACUGGAACAGCUGUUUACAGUGGGUGUGUCUGAGCUGGUAUGCCAUAGUUACCAGUACAUUUGAGUCAUUUAACAGAUGCUCUUAUCCAGAGCAAUUAUGGUUAAGUGCCUUGCUCAAAGGCACAUCGACUGAUUUUUUACCUAGUCGGCUCAGGGAUUCGAACCAGUGACCUUUCAGUUAUAGGCCCAACACUCUUAACCGCUAGGUCAGCAGUGGGAAGUACCCUGGCCUGAUAUGGGACGAUGACGCCAGGACCAUGUUCCGUAUCCCCUGGAAACACGCUGGGAAACAGGACUUCCGCAGUGAAGAGGAUGGUGCCAUCUUCAAGGUCCUGACACUAUGAACUUUAUCAGUACUAUCCCUAGUUCGUUAAGUCUUAAUUUUACAAUAGCCCCUCGUCAUUUAUAAUCUAUUAAACACAUACAGUAGACAUUAUUUCCUGAGCUGUGAGAUUAAAUGCCUCCUCCACAGGCAUGGGCAGUGUUUAAGGGGAAGUUAUCCGAAGGGGGUCGUGUGGACCCUGCCUCCUGGAAGACCCGGCUGCGCUGUGCUCUCAAUAAGAGCCCAGAGUUCAGAGAGGUCCCCGAGAGGUCACAGCUAGACAUCUCCGAACCAUACAAGGUUUACUGCCUUGUACCCAUCAAUGAACAAGGUGAGACACACACACUGUAAGUUAGUUAGUUAUGCAAUGUUUAUUUCUACCCCUCUUCUACGAUGUUCCAGCCAUUAUCUUUUGAUCCUUUGGCCUUGUGUAGAAAUCUACAGUAUAACCACAUCAUCAUACCUACUAUCUGGGAACAGACCGGGUGUAGCAGUGUGCAUUCUUUAGGUUUGAGGAAGUUACACUCGAGGUUGAGAAGAUUUAGAUUUUUAAUAUUGGCCAACUCCAUUACCACAUGCAUGCGGCACUCUACUCUAGUUCCCUGUCAGUCUGUCCAAAGGGACAUACAGUCAUACCAGAGUCAGCGGUGCAAAUGUUAUCAGAGCAGCAAUAACUCCAUAUAGUUUGUAGCUAUGGAGACAACUUCAAAGCAGGCUAAACUGCAGUAAACAAAUUCCUGACAUAUGAUCCCUUUUCUCUUCACAGCGUUGGGGAGUGUUCAAAUAAAGGGCAGAGCCAGAGCAAGAGGGAGGAAGAGGAGGAGUAGCGAUUCAGACAGCGAGGAGGAGGUGAAGGAGGAGGAGGAGGAGGUUAUGGUCAAACAGACGAAAAAGGAGGUCAUCACCCCCCCGAUCACCAUGGUAGGUUUGGCAUUUUAAGGACAAAACAAGUUCUAGAAACAUUUGGAUGUAUCUCUCUUAAUUGUUUAUUUAUGUCAAUUUGUGUGUGUUUUUAUCAGUCUGUUCAGGAGAUUGAGGAAAGUGUUCUUACCCUCCAGCAAGACCAGUUCGAUCAGCCCUUGGUCAUCCUGAAGAGUGAUGGGAGUAAGUCUUAUGUCUUACUAACUCAAUGUCAUGUCUGUCCUCCAAAUGUCUGUCAAACACUGAAUCUCUGAGUUAAUUGAUGUUGGAUCUCUCAGCCACUGUCUCUCCACUCUGGGGAGUUCUCCAAUAGCAUGUGGUUGAUUGACAUGCUGUUGAUAUUCUGUUGUCUUCCUCUAGCGGUCGAUGAGAUCCAGGUGAACGUCACGAUUGAGACCGUUCCUCCCCCUGGAGGUAAUGCUAUUGAUGAUGCAUGAUGCUGUGUAGAGAGGAAGUCAAGUCAGCUUCUCAAUCACAUGGGGGCCGAUUCUGACCUGAGUUAAGCGCGUGUAAAUGGAACGCAAUUCAAUUUUUAUGCACUUUUCUCUCUACUCGUAUUCUGACCUUGAACUUAAGCAUGAGAAUAGCAUGCUAUUCACCUGCUAUUUGUUUGGGGUGGAGAUGGAAUAAAUGUAGGUGUGGCGGAGGUAUGUCUACAUAUACACCUUAUUCUGACCUUGACUUCUGACCUUGACUUCUGACCUUGCCUUAUUCCCUAAUAAUUCCACCACAUUUACGCCCGAGGAAACCAUGAAUAACGUCUAACAAACCUACCGGUUUCAAGUGGAAAAAGCAUUUAUUUUUUCAGAUAACACCAUUCUUCUUACAACUUGAUAAGAGCUAUUGAUAAGAGCUAGGUAAAUAAGUAAUCCGUUUGGACAAGAGAAUUGUAAAUAUAAAUUACACUUCUGUUAGAUAUACUGUACUUUCCUAACCCUAAAUAAUCUACAAGAUCAGAGUAUUUUUUUAAUCUACCAAUUGGUGCUGAAACAGAGAUGAAUUAGCAUAUAUUUAGAUGGCUUUCAUUCAUUCAUCCCUAAUAUUAUGAACCCAUUCUCUCCAUAUAUUCUGGUGAGUCUGUCGACUAAAUUCUAACUAAAAGGUACACCGUAUUUAAAGGGAUGGCUGAAGGUAAAUGUACUGAAAACCCUAUUGAAUGAAAACUCCACAAGAAAAUCUGUUGGCCAGCAAGUGGGAGGGUUUUCAGCAGUUGAAUUACAUUUAUUAAGCGCGUGCAAGGGAACAAUGCCUGCAAAGCCUGUUAUGCACCUUUGUAAGGUAAGUCUGAAUACCAAUGUUGUGGAAAUUCUUACACAGGGACACUCAAAGUAAAUCUUAAAUGAAUAAUUGUUUAUUGUCAGCGCACUGGAGACAUUCCAACAAACUUGAUGCACCAUAGUGAACGUCUGUCAGGAGCUCUAAUGGGGAAGUCCCGUUUAGUUCCCUUAUAUACUGGUUACAGACACGUUACAUAGGCAUGGUUCAUAGGGUUGGUUCCGGCAUGUGUCUGGCACCAUCUCCUAUCUUAACUUAAAGAACAUAUUCUGGGCGUUCUGGCAGAUGUUCCUUCGGAGGGGUCAUGACAGCCCCCCCUCAUAUCUUGACCAGACACAGGCAGGAACCAAGGAUUGUUUAUGACACCAAAGAUAAUAUGUACAAAGUAAAAAUGUCCUUUACACCAACUACUGAGAAGUGCAUAGGAAAGGCGUAAUUUCCUAAAUUGGAAUCAGGCCCAUACUACAUGAACUAUUCCUGCACUGUCUCUCAUUCACUCUCAUUCUCUCUCUGUCUCUCAUUCACUCUCAUUCUCUCUCUGUUCCUCCAACUCCAGCACGGGACUCGUUCCAUGUCUUAGUGAAAUACAUAGGACACGAGGUGCUUAAACGUGAGGUCAUAGGCAGCGAUGUCCGAAUCGCCUACCUGCCCUCAUCGCCCAUCCCCCCCACCCUGAUGAUGGGUGGCUUCCCCCGCAUCCCCCUCCCAGACUCCCCCUCCACUCUGACCUCCAGCCCUGGCAUCGGGCCCCGGCUCCAGGCCCUCUCCACCCUGCUGCCCUUCAUGGAGAAAGGGGUGAUCCUGACUUCAACGGGGGCAGGGGUCUAUGCUAAGCGCUACUGCCAGGGCCGGGUGUUCUGGACAGGGCCACAUUCAACCACGACGGGACCCCACAAGAUGAACCGUGCUGUGGAGCCCGUGCUGCUCUUUGACAGAGAGGCUUUCAGAACGGGUGAGUGACAUGGGGCUGUUCACUCUCUCUUGGUUUGUUGGUGAGGAUCACCCACUUCUUUCUUGUCCCCUUAUUGGAUAUUUCAGCAGUCAGUGUGUAUUUGCUGACUGCGUGUUUCCUUAGAGCUGGACCACUUCCGCAGUUACGGGGGAGACCCUCCUCAGUGUGGCAUCACCUUGUGUUUCGGAGAGGAGUUCAGUGCCACAGAGGACCCGUCCAGCAAACUCAUCAUCACACAGGUACAGUUGAGCAAGCUUUUCCCCACCUACUCAUAAAGAACUGUAACGCCUGUUCAAAUGUAAAAAGGUGCAACAAUUGCAUACCUUAAAACGGGGUUCCCCAACUGGCAGCGCCCCAAAUUCUCUGUUGGACAUAAGACUGUAAAAACACCAGCAAAUCAGCACCAAGUGAUUUUAAUUUUGGAAAUCUGUUCCCAAAGUAUUCCCAUACAUAAUAAAGAGAUAUGCGUUUUUGAUACAAAUGUAAGCAAGGUUUGAAAUGAUUAUGUUUUAGCCAGAUAUAUCUGUUUAGGCUUUUUGCGGUCAAUUUGCAGUCUACAAAUUAUUAUAAUAAUUAUGUUCCGGCCCCCUGACCAUCCGCUCAAUACAAAAAUCAGUCCGUGGCUGGAUCUAGUUGAUGAUCCCUGCCUUAGAAUGUAAAUACUAAGGUUUAUGUAAGUACAGGAUAACUACACAUUUUUCACUGUGAAAUAGAGAGGGACUGAACCACCCACCCCCUCUUCUCCAGAUAACCCUACCCUGGGCUCAGCAGCAGGUCAAGGAAGCUGAAGACUUCCGGGAGUCAAUGACCUACCUACGCGACAUAGCCAGCCAAUCAGGAGAUGUCACCAUCAACCUGGUACCAGUGCCUUACCCCUGA